UCGUCUCUCCGGUGCUCCCUCAGAACCCGUCCGUCUCCAGCGCGCUGUUCGCCGGACUGAAGCAGCAGUAAAACCCGGGGCCGGAGGCGGUCCGUCCGGAGCGGAGUUCUCUGCAGAGAGUCAUGUCUCGUAGGAGUUCUCGCCUGGUGUCCGGUGGCUACUACAACUCUGAUGAAGAAUCGGAUUCGAGUAGCGUGACGAACAUUUCCUACCGUGAAAUCCCGGUCAAGGUCUUCAAGAAGAAGGCGGGGACUCGCAAGGCCGCCUCCCGAACCCCCAGUAGAGCCAACAGCAAUGCUAGUUCUGUCGGCCCGGAGACGCCCGUCCCUGCUCCCCGGUAUGAAGGCCUGACUCCCUCUCCGCUGAGCAGUCAGUCCCAGCCGACCAUGAGGACGGUGCCCUACGUCUCCCCCUCGCCGACCCCUCGCCCUCCCCUGACCCCGGCAUCGUCCCGCGGUCAGACGCCCACACGCUUCCCCUCCGUCCCCCCAGAGAAGAGCCCCUACACCGGGGUCUACAGCUCCGUCCGGCCGGGGUUGCACCUCCGACCCAACCACAAGGAUCUGAGUCAGAGCGGCGUGGACAGCUCGGGGUACUCGUCCUCAGAGGCUCCCCUCAGGAAACCACCAGCCACCAGCAGCACCAGUAAGAUCAGCAGUGACAGCGGGGCUCCCAGUGCUGGAUACAGGAGCCGAAUCAGCUGUGCCUUCUUUAGACUAAUGGACUCCGUCUCAUUGAUGGCCGCUGCAUUACAAUCAAAAAUAAUGCAUCUGAGAUCUUUAGCAGCUAAAACCUCCGUCAGCAGCCGCAUGAAGAAGGCCUGUGGUCUGAUCCUCCUCUUCCUCCUCCUCCUCCUCAUCGCACUGCUGUGUGUUUGGCUCCUCCUCCCUUUCUUGACCUCCCUCGUCUCCCGCAUGGCCGUCACAAAGACUCCGUCACAGACAAAACCCACGAGUCAGCCUGUUCUCCAUGCUGCCACUCCUCCUCCUCUUCUUCCUCCUCCUCAACCCGACACCAAACAUCACACACCCGUGGUGGAUCCAGCUGUGGUGUCUGCUGCUGUGGAGGAGAGGAUACAACGUCUUUUGGAUUCAUCCGUUGUGUCCGCUGCUGUAGAAGCGAAGAUGCAACGACUUUUGGAUCCCACAGUGUCCGCUGCUGUAGAAGAAAAGAUGCAACGUCUUCUGGAGGAGCAGCAGCUGAAGCAGAAACUCCUCCUCUCUCAGAUGAAGGAGAGGCUCCAGCUGGAGGUGGAGGAUCUGAGAGCCCAGCUGGAGGUGGCGGACUCUGACGGCCGUCUCCGUCUGGAGCAGCAGGUUUCUGCUCUGAGCAGGCAGAUGGUGGACUACCAGACACACCGGUCUGCUGCUGACGGCCUCAGCCUCAGGAUCCAAGCUCUGGAGGCCCAGAAUGCAAAGCUGUCCCAGGAGUGGUCGUCCAUCCAGCUGAUGCCUCCUCCUGCCCCGUGUCCUGAAACCAGUAACCCCCCAGUCCAAAACCAUCUGACCCCAGAGCUGCAGGAGGCCAUGGAGAAGUGGCUCACUGACCGCAUCAAGGAGCAGGAAGCUUUCCGGCUCGCUGACAGAGGAAGCUGCUCAGACUGUGGACAACCAGCAGCUGACAAGAUGGCUGACUAUGCUCUGGAGACUCAAGGAGCCAGUGUGAUCAGCACCAGGUGUUCGGAGACGUAUCGUAUCCGCUCAGCCUGUGUGACCCUGUUUGGGUUCCCUCUGUGGUAUCCGUCUGAAAGCCCUCGCACCGUUAUUCAGGGUUACCCGGUGCUGCUGCCGGGGAAGUGUUGGGCGUUUCACGGCGUCCAGGGUUCUCUGGUGAUCUCUCUGUCUCACCCCGUCACCCUCACUCAUGUGACGCUGGACCACCUGCCGCGCUACAACUCCCCCACGGGACGCAUAGACUCCGCCCCCAGAGACUUUGAAGUCUACGGACUGAAAGAUGAAGUAGAAGAAGGAACUCUGCUGGGGACGUUCACCUACGAUGAAGGUGGAGAAUCCACGCAGACGUUUAAGCUGCCUAACCCCAGUGAGGUGGUGUAUCGCUGUGUGGAGCUGCGAGUCCUCUCUAACUGGGGUCGCGUUGAAUACACGUGUCUCUACCGCUUCCGUGUGCACGGACAGAUCGCCGCCACAUGAUGAGACACGAGAGAUUCACCGACCUCCACAUAGACGUAUCAGGAAGUACAUUUUAUAAUGUACACUAUUUAAAGAAAAAUAUGGUGGUCUGAGGUGCGUUCAGGGCCAAUUGCUACGAGACGUUUAAGCGUUGGGUAAAGUCACUCCUUUUGCUGUGUUUUGAGAUGCUUCAUGUUAAAGUGACAGAAAUGAAAGGAUGUUUUUUUUACUGCACAAUUUAAAGGGAUAGUUCAGAUAGUUUGAAGUGAGGUGGUAUGAGGUUCUUAUUCUUAUAUAGUCAGUGUGUUACCUUCGAAACCACCAGACUCCAUUGAUAAAAUCAGUAAUUUAACCUUUUAUAAACACAGGUGUUGCUGAUCUUUUGUGUUGUUGUGUAACUUUAUUGUUUUAAAGAUUUAGUUUUUAUUCUAAAAUCACACAUUAACACAAAUAAACUAACAGAUCGUAGCUUCAAAGAAUCCAAACUACGUUUUUAGUAUUUCACAACGUCUGUUUAAAAGCUUGAUACAGUUUUUUUUCCAGAAGAGUGCCUUGGACCUAUAUAUAUAUAUAUAUAUAUAUAUAUAUAUAUAUAUAUAUAUAUAUAUUAUAUAAUACAUCCACAGCAGUACAUUGUUUUGCUACUGAAGUGAAACCCUGAUUAUGGAGAAGUACUUCAUACAACCACACUUCUAAACACCAGUACUAUCCCUUUAAAGAACAAAAAAAAAGAGUUAUUCAGAGACAGAUUUUUUUGUUACAGUUAUGAUAAUUCUGUAAGUCUGCUGGUCAUUCUACAUUUUUCAAGUGCUGUCACUGAUUAAACAUCAUGAACAAAAAAUAAAGUCAAGAAUCCCUUUAAUGUUAAAGUGACAGAUAUCAUAGGAGUUUUUAAGAAGCACACUUUGCUUUGAAUAAAUGUACAGAAUGAAGAUUAGAAUAUGUUUCUAAAAACCAAAGAUCUACUGAGAGCAUAAAGUUAUGCUUUUUUAGCCUUUGUUGCUAUUAAUGAAACUAUUUAUCAGGUUUUUCCUGCUUCACAUACAUCAACAUACGAUCCUACCAAUGAAAAUUGAUUUCUUUGUACCAGUUUAGUGUUAAACGCUUUGCAUCAUGGGAAAAGAGACAAAAACUCAACCUGGUUGCAAAGUUUGCACCUUGAAAAAAUAAGCUUUUUUUCCAAUAUUUAAAAUCUUUAGAUCAUAAUAUCUAGUUUGUUAAAUUCUAAAUCACAAAUGUAAGUUUCCAGUUAUCUGAAAAUAUUGAAUCAGCUUUUUCUCACAGGACUCUGUUUAUCUUGUUGUUAAUAUUUGGUUGCUGAUGUUGAGACUGAUGGGAUGAAGCAUCCUAUGAACAAAAGCUAUAAAUGAUACAGAAUGCAGCAGUGAAUGUUUUUAAUGUGUUGUUUGAUUUAAUAAUCCUACAAAAGAUCAAAUAUGCAGCUUUGUAACAUUUCUUUUGUCUUCCAUUUUAAGAAAGUUUCUGUUUUAUUACUUGAAUCCUUUUUCGACCCUCUUUAGAAGACGUCGUGUUGACUUCAUGACAUUCUACGUCCUUCUCUUACGACCCGUAGGAGACACAAAGGUGUUAUUUAUUUGUAAAAUGAGAUUAUUCAGAACCUGUUUGGACUUUACACCAACUGUUCCUCAGUGUCUUUCAGUCAUUUCACUUUAUUCUGUUUGUUGUACAGAACAUUUAAAACAUCAGAUACUUGUUUUAAUUAUAAAGUGCACUAGAGGUCAAAUCAAUCAUUUAGAUGCAGUCUGUACGAGUCUUAAAGGACACGAAGGAAACGGAGGAAGCUUUCUAUGAGUUCAGACAAAUUCAGUAUCAGUAAUUAUUUAUAAUAUAUUUCUAUUUUUUGACAAGGUUUUUUGCAGGUUCAAUUAUUUUUUAAUCUUUGUAUAUAAACUUGCUGAUUGUAGUGAAAACAAGGAGGUACAGUUCUGAUGUUCUGAUGCUUUAUCAUGUGUUACCAUGGAUUAUGAUUUUCUGCUCUUACAAAUCUUUUUGAUCGUCUUUUAUUAAAAAUGGGCUUUUAAAACACAAAUAAUGUCAAAUAUCUGUUAUAACACACUUUACACAAAACAAUGUUUAAUGUCUCCUGGACCUGCAGACAUUUUCUUUUACUUAAAUCACUUAAGAGAGAAGAAAUGUUUGUUUUAAUAUUGAAGUCUGUCACAUUCAUGAAGGUGUGAAUCCGUUUACAAGCAACAGAGAACAAUUGUUAAAUUUAUCAGUUAACUACGUUCAUUUUUUCCACCCACGUCUGAUAAUGCAGGUUUAUUUUUCUCAAUGCCGUUUUUUUUGCAUAUCUUGAAUAAUAAAUUCAGACGUUCAUUGACAUCCCUAACUAUUGUUUUCUCUUUAAUAAAACAGAUUCAUUUGUCAGUGUUCUCCAGAGUAUUUACUACCAAUGCCUGUUUGUCUGAUUUAUGAAAUAAACAUUGA